UCGGAUGACUCGCUGAACGAACAACCUGCUUCUAGGUGAACUCGAAGAAUCUUCGAUGAGGAGAAAGGAUUUAUGGAGACGUUUGACGGAUUCGUUUAUCGCCUUACGAAGAUCAUUCUCUUGUUUUCGGUUUUAAACUGAAUUGAGAAGAUAAGAUAGAAGAUGGAGAAAAAAGGAAUAGAGGGAUGAUGAUGAUGAUGAUGAUGAUGAUGAUGAUGAUGAUGGCCGAAUUAGAUUCGUUCCUCUUUACGUUCAUCCUUUACGUAUUCGUCUUCUCAAACUCCUUGAGUUUCAUGAUUCUUGAAAGCGAGGCUACGAACGAAGUAACUCGAGGAAGAUGCUGUGUCCUAGAAUCGUGGAAAAAGGAAGAAAGGGAAUGGAGGGAAACGAGGUGUGCCAAUUUAAUCGACGACGAUGCAAAUCGCACCCUUCUUCCGUUUAUCGAAGAUCAAAUCACGGGACCUUCCGAACGAGUCGCAACGAGCACGGAAUACGUAGGACGGAUGUCCACGCACGAUCGCGCACAGUCCUACGAAAUCACCCAAGUACGAAUGCAGUCACGCGUGUGCGUCUAUGCGAACACAAAGAAAAUACGUAUGACGAAGAGAAUAUUGAGAGCGGGGACAACCGAUGCCGAUUGGUAUAAAGUCUGCUCGCUCGGUCCUUCUUACCACGCAGUCUUCGGGGCAGCAACCAGCACAAACGUCCAGACUCCAAUUACCAUGGAUUUCAAAACUCUUGGGUUUUUUAUGACUCUUCUGGCAGCCUGUCACGGAGGCAUUCUGCCUGCAGCAACUGCAGCAGUGGGACUUGCUGCUGCACCAGCCGCGGUUCUUCGAACAGAAAAUUACGAUCCCAAUCCUCAAUAUAGUUUCAGCUACAGCGUCGCCGAUGGACUUACCGGUGAUAACAAGGCUCAAGAAGAAACACGGAGUGGCGACGUCGUCCAGGGUAGUUACAGUCUGAUCGAACCAGAUGGUUCUCGACGAAUUGUCUCAUAUGCCGCUGAUCCAAUCAAUGGAUUCAAUGCCGUCGUACAGAAGGACCCUAGCGUAACUGUAACGAAAACCGCCGUAGCUGCACCAGUUGCACCGGUCGCUGCUGUAGCCGCUGCUCGACCUGCCGUGGCAGUCGCAGCACCCCAACUUCUUGCUCGUCCUGGACCAGUCCUUGCAGCUGCAGCAGCAGCACCAACCGCGGUAGCCCUUCGUCCUCAGAUUGCUCUUGGUGCACCCUUGCUUCGAUCAUCUCUGGUUGCUAGCUCUGGCCUGGCAGCGCCUAAUUUACUGACCACAAAUCUUGGACUUGGACUUGGACUCAGGGCAGGAUCACUCUACGGUACGCAAGCUCUUCUAGCGGGUACUUAUGGAGCCGGUGGCAUCGUGAAGGUUCAUUAAACCAGAUAGCUCCUCGUUCGGCUCGGCUUAGCUCGAUGACACGACCAUGUCUCACUCCCAUUCGUACUUUGUUGUUGUUAUUAUAUCGUUCGCUCUUUGUGUCUUUAUUCGCGACGCGAUCCCAUAAGAAUUUCACUCUUUUCCUUCUUUCUUUCCGACAAAGAUUCAAAAACUUCUAUACCAAUUGUAUUUUACAUAUUUACAUAUUACGAUCAUCGAUUAAUCGUAAAGACAACUAGCCACCACAGAGCACAGUUGUUUUCGCGUCUCGUUAACCAUUCAUCAUCAUCAACAGCACAACUUUUCUAUCGAUCAUGAGAUUUCUCGAUUCACGCAAAACCCAUUGGAAUCACAUCGAGUCUUUACUUCGAUCUAAUCUCUCAGCCUAUCGUCCAUCGUAAUAAUCUUGAUAAAUCCUCGAAGGAUUAAAUUCCGAUGAUCUAUUUAAGAUCUGCUCUUAUCAUCGAAAAAGGAUUCUCAAUGGAAUUGUGUAUCAUUGUUUGCUUUUUUUUUUUUCUUUUUCUUUGUGUUUCGUUCGUUUCUUAUUUCUUUUAAACGUAAAUGCUUGAAGGAAGUAAACGGUGAAAGUGAUCAUGGCCGAAGGAUCGAGAGAUGAAAAGAUUUUGAUGUUCGGUAAUAGCAUUCGAUCGAUUAAUAUGAAUCCUUGAAAUUUACAAAAUCGAGCGUCGUACCGAAGGAGGAAAAGGAAAAGGAUCUAUUGGAUUUGUCGCACGUAUUUAAUAUAAAUACACGAGCAUUAAAUAUAUACAUAUAUAUAUACACGUACGUACAUAUUAUACGUAACACACAUAUAUAUAUAUAUAUAUGUAUAUUACAUGUAUAUAUAUUACAUAUAUAUAUCAUGUAUAUGUAUACAUAUAUAUAUAUAUAUAUAUAUUUGAACGUAUCAGGCGAUAUGAAUCUUUGGAUAUCCGACAUUCUGUGACACGUAACGUUUGCGCCUCGACGAGUAGCUUUCUUUCUGCGUUUAUCGGCUCUUCGAAAGUUUACCAGGGAGAUCGAAAGAGUUCCAUGUCGAAUCAGCCGAAUUUAAUAUCUAUCUUUUUUGCAUUAUUCCGUCAUCGGUCGUCCAAACACCAACCACUACUACUACUACUACCAUCACCACCACAACCACUAUUACCACUCCAUUUAUCGUUUUGCACAUGUCCUUCCUAUAUUUUUUGUUUUAAUCAAUUUUUGUUUGUUCGUUUGUUUAUGUUCAUUCUUGCAUUAUUUACUUCCUGUGUGUGUCUUAUUUUUUUUCUCACUUCUCGUUCGUCGUUCCUUGCUUCUCUCGAUACACGAUUUAUCUCGUGAAACAUUAAAAGCCGUGAUAAUAAAUAUGUGUUCCUAACUCCGAUCUUGAUUGUCUAAGUUAAAAUCGUAUUAAAUUUUUCUAAUUAUUAUUCAAUUGACUUACGAUCCUUACACCGUCCCAUCCAGCCCAUCCCCCCUCCCCACCCCUCGGCCUUUUCAAACACCACUAUCAAUACGACUUAACAUAUACUUGUAAUAAUCCUCAUUCUUUUAAGCAUAAGUAAGCCGUUUAAUGUACCACGGCACAUACCGCGGCACGGAUUAUAUAUACCAGUUGUGUGAACCUUGAAAUAAAAAGAUAAGUUUUCACGCUAA